AUGAUCCGUUUCGAUGAAGAAAAAAAGGAUACCGUGCGCGUUGCCAUGAAUGCAUCCUUUCUCCAACGUCUCAUGGGAACUGGUUACUAUUUCUAUGACGAUAUCAGUGUUCCAGUUGUGGAGGGAGCUACAGGACAUGCCCUCUCACCUGCUUUACGAAAAGACGAAGAGAAGCCACUUCUUGCUGAAUCAGACAACCUUCAUAAGGAUCCCAGCGACAACGAACUCCGUCCCUUGUGGAUCCUACUCUGUACUCGUUUGGCUAAGAAUGAACAGCAAUACCAGCACAAUAAUCGAAAGUAUCUUGCAAUCUUUCUGCUCCUUUGGCUGGUGGCUAUCACUUUCUUUAUUGUUGUCAUAACCGAUGUGUGUGAACUACAGCUACUAUUCCUCUUUAUACCUGCCUUGUUGGCAGUUUCUACGAAAUGGGCUUUCAUCUGUCUUCCGGAAAAGCAAGGAAUAUUUUUCACCAAGUUGCUGCUGCAGUGCUGGAACCAAGAGAAUGCUGGUUUGGAGCAAGAAGAAUAUUUCCAAGAGAUUCAAACCAUUGUGGAUGAUAUGGCACCUAGCUUCGCAAAGGUUGGUUACACCUUGGACUAUGUGGAAGAUUUCCGUGCCAAAUGUCCGUUUCUGGCUUAUAUUCGAAUCACAGCACAUUCAGAUGACAAUGAUAGUGCAGUCCUUGUGAAAGACAUAGGAAGCAGCAAUAGUUGCAGUGAUGAUGGUUACUGCCUUGUUGAUGAUGCAGCUUCCGUUUCCUCUACUUCCUUGUCACAAGCUGUGUCCUCAUCACCAUCACUGUCUGAUCGGCUUGGGAAGUUUCAAUGGGAAUCCUGGGAGGAGCAUUCAGGACAAGCUGCCGAUCAGAUUCAAAAGCAAUCUCGAUUAAAGUCAGCGCAGCCGAAUGGGCUAACUCUGUUAGGAAUACAAACAAAGAAAAUAGCCUCUUGUCGAGGUGUGAUUCUGUCUUCGUCCACACUGAUUGGCUUCUUUUGGCUGUGCCUCAAUACGGGCAUCAUGUCCUCUUUUUGA